AUGAAUCUUGGACGGUGUAACACUCGAGGUGUGUUGACUACCAUCCACUCCUUGCGUUUUAAUCAACCGAUACAAGCAUUCACAACACGCAAUUCAUGGGAAAAGUUUAAUAUUCAACCAGAACAGGCUGGAUCAUCAACAAACUAUCGGGACAGUGGAUUGANNAUUAUCCCAAUCCCGCGUGCAACAUCCGUGGCCGAGGGUGGUGGUAGUGGUGUACCGUAUCAAGAAACGUAUUACCAGCCGAAACCGAACAAUUUGCGUUACAAUCCGCGCAUGUACCAAGGUGGUCUGCUACCAAGGUUGGAGUUCACUGAUGAGCCCGUUUACAUGCCUGACUAUCGACCCAGAGAUUAUUGGGCCCCUCAUAGGGCGCAUUUCGGACAAAAUGAUUAUAUCGAUAUCCUAGGUGAUGGUAAACUGGACCCGAAAGAUUUCUACACUGGUCCCAUGUGGGCACUGGGUGCCCGGAACCAAUAUCAACGGGUGUGCGCACGACUGAACAAUCCCUCUCUGUUGGCAUGGAUGCAAGAGUUCGAACCCUCCAGACUACAUUUAGAGGCGAAAAAUCAGCGUUUUCUAUACAAAAAAGUUAACAAAAGGAAAAAUAUCAAAUUCCUGCAAUAUCGUGAUGCCCCGUGA